CGAUGUGGCGUUGCUUGACACUUUAUCUGGUAGUGUCUGCGUCAGCGGCGUCCGACUACUACCAGAGGCGCGCCGUUCUGAUCGAAAAAUCGCAAAAUCGCUCGAUCGGCGCGGACCUCGUGCUUAACGCGGACGAAAGAAAAGUGAACCGACUCCUGAUGCAGCUCAAGCACCGCGAAUUCGACGCCGGGUUCAAAGACCCGGAAAAAUUCCUGCCGCUGCGGCAUUUCUUCCUCGCGCGAGACAACAUCACCAGAUCCGGCGUGUUUAAACUCAUCAGGCAGAUGCCCAAGGGCGCGUCCCUACACUCGCACGACCUGGGGCUCGUGUCCGACGCUUACGUGUUUCAUAACCUCACUUUCCGGAAGAAUCUGUGGGCGAAACCGGACCCGGAGGGGCGGUACACGUUCAGGUUCUCCCGCACCGUACCAGACGACGACGGGUGGGAAGAGGUGGACGCCCUUAGGCGUUCCGACCCUUCGUUCGACGCCCGGCUCAGGGCUCAGCUGACGCUCGUAGUCCCCGAUCCCUUUACCGCGUACUCCGACAUCGACGUCAUCUGGCGGGUGUUCGAGGGCGUCUUUAGAAGCGUCGGUUCCUUGCUCGCCUUCAGGCCCGCGUUCGAGGACUACUUUUACCGCGCUCUCGAGGAACUCCACGAAGACAACGUCAAAUAUCUCGAGUUCAGGGGCCUGCUGCCCGAAGUCUACGACCUGGACGGCCGAGUCUACACCCCCGAGGAGGUGCUCGGUUUGUACGACGCGACCGCUACGCGUUUCAAGCGGGCACACCCGGAUUUCGUCGGUGUCAGGUUCAUCUACGCGCCGAGUAGGCGCGUCAACGCGAGCGUCGUAGCGGACUACGUCGCGCUGUACGAGCGGCUCCACGCCGGGAAAUACUCGAAAUUCCUGGCCGGAUUCGACCUAGUCGGCCAGGAAGAUCUCGGGCGAACGCUGCUCGAUUUCGUGCCGCAACUCUUGACCCUCGGGAACCGCACGAAGUUCUUCUUUCACGCCGGCGAAACCGACUGGUCCUACGAGCCGUCCGACCUCAACCUGUACGACGCGGUCCUAUUGAACGCUACGCGUAUCGGUCACGGCUACGCCAUUUUGAAACAUCCGGAACUGUUGCGGAUAGUCAAGGAGCGCGCGAUCGCGAUCGAGGUGGCGCCCAUAUCGAAUCAGGUGCUCAAACUAGUAGACGACGUGCGAAAUCACCCGGCAAACUUCCUCGUCGCCAACGGGUACCCGGUGGUGAUAGCGUGCGACGAUCCGGGCCUGUGGGGCGCCAGGGGGCUCAGUUUCGAUUUUUACGUCGCGUUCAUGGGGUUAUCGGGACGCGAGGGCGACCUGAGGCUGUUGAAGCGGCUCGCCAUCAACUCGAUCGAGUACAGCAGCUUGGACGAGAGGCGGAAGAGGUACGCGAUGAAACGGUGGCGCCAGGAGUGGGACCAGUUCGUCGCGGGCGUGAUCCGAAGCUCGGAGACCGAAUAAAAGAUCGAAUUCGGAGGAUUCGGCGUUUUAUUUAACGCGUGGGGAAGUUUUUACCUAAUAUUUUCCUUCUUCUUCUUUUAUAAACUUCAAACCAACAUUAUAAUUGUUUUGUGAUUUUUGCAAGCGGCAUUUUUCCUUACUAUCAAUAGAAAAUGUUAUCGAAAGGAAAUCCUUUUUUUUUCUAGCACUUUUCGAAAAUACUUUUCUAAAUGGCUGUUAUACUGAAAAAAUAUUAUUCAUUUAAUUUGAUUUAUAUGAAAUUAUUAAGAAAAAAUAAUAACAAUCGUUGAACUGAGGUAGCUUUUACUUUUAUUAAGAAAAAGUAAUAAUAGUCGUAUUGUUACAACAGUUUUUUUUUAAUUUUCUUCUUUCUUUUUUGUGACUUUUUCAAGCGCCAUUUAAAAAUGCCUUUGGUUCAUAUAUUUCUUUGUUACUAUCAAUAGAAGACUCAUUUUUCAAUGUUUGUUUGCAUUUUCUCUCCUGUGAAGCGUGAAAUGUAUCGAAAGGAAAUCCUUUUUUUUCUAGAACUUUUUAAAAAUACUUUUCUAAAUGGGUGUUAUACUGACAAAAUGAAUUAUUUGAUUUUGAUGUAUUUUAAACUAUUAAGAAAAAGUAAUAAUAAUCGUAUUGUUAUAAUUUUGAUUAUCAAAAAUCGCGUUUUUAACGCGGGAGACAUUUUUUGUUUGUAAACUUUAAUUUUUUUUAUUUCCUUUUUUCUCUUUUGUGAUUUUUUUAAGCGCGAGAUACCUUUGGUUCAAAUAUUUUUUGUUACUAUCAAUAGAAGACGCAUUUUUCAAGAUUCGCUCGCCUUUUCUCGUCAAUGUUAUCUAGGGGAAAUCCUUUUUUUCUUUAGCACUUUUUGAAAUUUUUUGUUCUAAAUAGUUGUUAUACAGGCAGAAUGAAUGAUUUGAUUUGGUUACAUUCAAAAGACGUCCGCAUGAGACAUUUUUUAUUUGUAAAUUUUAUUUUUUUUUAAUUUUUCUUUCCUCUCAGUAAUAUGUAUCGCUAACUUCUGCGUCCACCGUCCCCCUUCUGUUUCUUUUAUAUACUUUAAACCAACGUUAUAAUUGUUUUGUGCUUUUUUCAAGCGCCAUUUAAAAAUACCUUUACUUUAAAUAUUUUGCAGGGUUUGCUCGCGUUUUCUCCUUUCUUUGAAUGGUAAAAUGUUAUGGAGAGGAAAUCCUGUAGCACUUUUUAAAAAUACUUUUCUAAAUGUUUACAAUUUUGGUUAGUAAAAAAUUGAAUGUAAAGACUUUGUUGUUUUUUUUUGUUUAUUUUUUUUUUUGCUUGAUAAUAAUAAUAAUAACAUAUCCUGUUUUAUAAAAACAGACCAUAUAAUUUCAUGAUUAUUUAUUUAACGAGUGGGACACUUUUUAUUUGGAUUUUUUUUUUAUUUUCCUUUUUUUCGCAUUUGUAGCUAUAGCUUCUUCGGCCACCGAACCCAUGGUUCUUUCAUAUACUUUAAAUCAACUUUAUGGACAAAGGACACAUGACAAAUUUAUUGUUUGUCAUUUAAUCGAUAGUAUUCUUAAAAAAUAAUAAUAAUGCUUGCUAUUGGUAAUAAUUCUGGUUCGUUUUGGUCGGUAAAAGGCCGAUUGUAAACGUGUUGGUGUUUUAUGUAAAGACGGGUUCAUUUGUUAUUAAUUUUCGUUCCCUUUAUUUUUUUUUUCUCAGUAGUACUUAAAGAUAACUUCUGCGUCCACCUUCUUUUUUCAUAUACUUUAAGUCAAGGUUAUAUAUUGUUGUUAUUAAUAAAAAAUAAUAACAAUCGGUGAUUAUUAUCAGUUUUUUAAUUGAAAUUAUAAAAAAAAUCGUAUUGUCCAUAAUUUUAAUUAGUGAAAAAGGCUUUCGUGUUUCAUUUAACGCGUGACGCAUUUUUUAUUUGUUUAUUUCCGUUAUCAUUAUUUUUCUUUUUGCUUGGCAGUAAGUGUAGUGUGCGUCAACAGUCUCCCUUCUUUUUCUUCUAGUUCUGAUUAAUAAAAGAUGGGUCGUAAGAGAUUGUUUAACAAUUUUUUAUUUUUACAUUUUCCUUUUCAAUCCUUUUUCAGUAGUAGCUAACAUCUGUAUCAUAUAUAUCAUCUGUAGCAUAUCCGACAAUUCUAAUUUGAUUUAGUUAUUAAUAAAAAUAUAUAUAAUAAUCUCGUUAAUAGUCACGAUGCAUUAAUUAACAGUCCCGCAUAUUGGCGGUUGGAAAUAAAUAAAAUAUUUGCGAAAUGAAAUUAUUUCCUAGAUUUAAGCGGGCGUGUAUGCAAACUCGAGGGGUCGGGGACGGGUGGGCGCGAAACCCGCCAAAUUAAAUAACGAAAAAGGAGACGUGCGUCCGACGCUUCAUUAUUUAAACAAAACGCGCUUUUGUUGCGGAUUAUUUAUGCGGGGC